AUGCCACCUCCAGCCCAACAAUCCCGUCCCUUUCUCUCAACUUUCCUCGCCUCCUUCCGCUCCUCCCAACUCUCCUCUACUCCCAUCAUAAGCAACAAUAGCUCUUCCUCGCACCAAAAGCCUGCUCACGCACAUUCACAUUCGCAAUCCACACCUUCACAACCACGCCAAAUAACUACCAGCACAAAAUCGAACGCUACAUCAAGUGCUCUAAGAGGAAUCGAUCGAAAUCGCGGAACAACCGGCGGAAGUAGUCCUGUGGGAAGCUACGAUUCGAGUCCUAGCCCCGCUGCCUCGAGUUAUCUGAACCAAAAUUCAAAUGCGAAUCCAAAUAUAUCGAAUCCCGCAUCUCCAACCUCAAGUUCGAAUCAGAUUUCAAAUCAAAAUGCACCGUAUCACACAAACAAAUAUGCAGGCUUCAAAACAUCAGCAGAUAGAAGAGGAAGCGAUAGUAGCUCGGAAGGCUUUCGAGAUGUAAUGGGCAAGGAGAAAUGGUAUAUUGGGGGACGCACGCAGGGCGGAGAGGAGAGAUAUUUUCAGCUCGGAGUGAUAAAGAGGAGAAGGAGUGGAGGAGAGAUGAGUUUGGAUCGAUUGAGUUUGUGA